UAUAGUAAAUGCGUAAAGGAAAAGCUUUAACAAAUAGAUUUCUACUGCAGCAUUGGACAGAACUGUUCUGUUUCUUUUUUUCAUGUCGAACUAUAAGAUUAUCCUUUACAUGUUAACUUACUAUUCUUUUCUCACACACGAAAGGGUGAUCUUAUGAUUAUGGAUAAGAAAAGAGAGUGCAUUCUGGCGAUUUUAAAUCAAUUCGAUAUACAUUUUUUCAAAAAAUGGUGAAAUUAUUACAUUUUGAAUUUGCUUACUCAGUUAACUAACUUGGGUGUUUUCGUAAUACAACUCUACACCUUGGAACCUGACUUUUUUGGAUUACACAGUUGUAUCUUAGUUGUUCAUCUCGGCAUGACCUUUAUUUCGUAAAGAAUUUUCACGAGAAAAAUAAAAAAGAAUAAAAAUGCUUUGUUUUGCUAAUUCUAAAUCUUUUAUUUUUUAAAUACUUAUUUCUCGUUUUACGAGACAUAUCAUUGUUUCACAAUAUAUCACAUUUAAUUCAAAAAAUAAGUAAUUUUUUUUAUCGGAACGGUCCAAAGUCUUCCAAAAAGAUCUCUUCAAAAAUUGUAAGCCAUCGAGAACAUUUCUUCUGUCAAGAUUACAUAAACGGGUCUAUGCGGUCCAACCUCAAAUUACAGGGAACGCUGAUUCAUCCAGGAACGUCAGGGAUGAUGAUAGGAUCAUCGAGACAAACCUCAAGGUAGGUCAGCGUAAUUUACCCUUUUCCACUCACAGGCUAUGCGCAAAAGGCAAGUGGUAGUUCUAAUCUCUCUCCUCUCAUCGAAAACAAUGUCAAUUCCCACUUCUUUCCACCUAUUCUAUUCCAAGCUCCCACAACCUCUCCUCCACCCAAAAACCCAACUCUUCAAAACCCUAAUCCUCUCAGUUCCCCAAACCCUCUCCUUUUCCAAAUCAAUCUCAAUGCAAAACCUACCCUCAAAAAUACCCCAUGCUUCACCACCACAGUCUCCCCCCUCUUCCUCUCUCCAACCCAUUCAAGAACUUCCUCCAAAGCUCCAAGAAAUCAUUAACCUCUUCCAAGCCGUCCAAGAACCCAAGGCCAAAUACGAGCAGCUCUUGUUCUACGGCAAGAACCUCAAACCCCUCGAAACCCGGUUCAAGACAAGCGAGAACAAGGUCCAGGGUUGUGUUUCUCAGGUCUGGGUCCGAGCCUGCCUUGACUCGGACAAGAACGUCGUGUUUGAGGCCGAUUCUGACUCUGUUUUGACAAAGGGACUCGCGGCUUUGCUGGUCCAGGGGCUUUCGCGCCGGCCGGUGGAGGAGAUUCUACGGGUUUCGCCCGAUUUUGUGGUGCUUCUUGGGUUGCAGCAGAGCUUGACGCCUUCUAGGAAUAAUGGGUUCUUGAAUAUGUUGAAGUUGAUGCAAAAGAAAGCUUUGGAGGUUUACAUGGAAGCUGAAAAAGGCAGUGACUUUGGUAUAAGAGACGAAAACCUGGUUGAGGGUUCGAAUUUGAGCUCAAAAAAUGGGAUUGGAGCUGAAAAAGAUAGUGAUUUUGGUAUGAAAGACGAAAACCAGGUUGAGGAUUCGAAUUCAGGUUCAAGAAAUGGGAUUGGAGGUGGGGAUUUGGUGGUUAGAGUGAGCUCUGAAGUGAGUAGUGAUGAUUUGGGAUCGAAUUUGGAUGGGGGUGGUGUUGGGUUGGGGAGUAGAGGAGAGAGGAUUAGGGAGAAGUUGGAGAGAGAAUUGAGGCCUGUUGAGUUGCAAGUUGAAGAUAUAUCUUAUCAGCACGCAGGGCAUGAGGGCGUUAGGGGGAGUGACGGCGAGACUCAUUUCAAUGUGAAAGUGGUGUCUAAGGAGUUUGAAGGGAAGAGCUUGGUGAAGAGGCAUAGGCUGGUUUAUCAAUUGUUGCAAGAUGAGUUGCAGAGUGGACUGCACGCCUUGUCGAUUGUGGCAAAGACGCCGUCUGAAGUUGGUAGCAGAUGAUGAUUUCCUUUAAAGAGAGCUGGUUUUCACUAGGCAGCAGCACCGGCGAGGACAGUAAUCGGAAACCACCGCAACCCACGACGAUGUCAUCAUCGUCAUCCUCUCUCCUAUCCGAUUGGAACUCGUACGCGUCCUCAAAGGCUUCGGAAGACAGCAGCUGGAGCCUAGUCGGGGUUUUUGACCUUGAAUCUGCUGUCAGGUCCUCCAAUGACACCGUCACCGGUACCUUCAACGCAUAAGCUACCCUCUACUC